AUGGAGGCAUCCUUGGUCCAGGAGAUGGGCAAGAUCCGAGACGACCCGGUGCUGGGGGUCAAUGGCAAGGCCAUGAAGAUGGUAGCCAUGCUGGAAAAGCAUGGUUACAUGCACAGAGAGACUGUGCCUUGCACAGCUUUGGUUGUCCACGGCGACAACCGCUCAGGAAUGAUGGUCAACCCGCACAACGUGCACUUGAGGGGUGCAGAGGCUUUGCGGGUAGGAUGGCUUCCUGAGAAGCUCAACGAGAGCUAUGCCAUGGAGCUCUCGCAGAAGCAAAGUGUGCGGGAGCAGCAGCUCAAGCAGAUGGCCAUGUUGGUUGAGAGUUCAGAGGGCCGGCUCGCGCCGGUUACAAGGCAGGAAAGAUUUGCGAGCUUGUCGAGCUCCCACAUGUCUCAGUUUUGCAAGGCUGUUAGUGCUGGGUGCAAAACGGACGAAGCACAGCUGUCCAAAGUCAGCACAGUGCUGGCUUUAGAGAACCUUCAGCAAGUGUUCCACGACGAAGCUUUCUCCGCAGCUGUGCGAAACGGCUGGGUCUGGCACUGCUUCUCCGCUGCGGUGGAGGAAGCAUUGCCCUGGUUCUGCGACUUUUUCCAGGGGUCCAUGAAUGCCAGCAACCAUAUCGCUGCUCGGGUGACGGAGAUGGAGGUGGCCAUGAACCUUGCCGGCCAGUACAAGCGGUGCGGGAAUAUGGACCAGGCUCUGGACACAUGCCGAAGCACGUUCAACUUGCCACACCUGGAAGCGGUAGGUGUCUACGUGCAGCGGUACUCGGGCGGAGACAACUUCGUGCUCGUCAAGCUGCUUGUAGAGUUGGAGAAGAUCUGGAACAGCUCCAUGAUGCUGGGACAAGAUUUCUUUACAGCUGUCGCAACCACCGACCUGGGAAGUGCGGAAACGACGUUUCCGCUUGUGCGGACCAUGCUGUUGGCAGCUGCUUUGAGCUCACCGAAGCAUGCAGAUGGCAUCUCGCGACUCUUGAGCAAACAAGACGUGGAGAAGCUCAAGAGCAACGUGGAGCAAGCAGUGCUGGCGGAGAAAAUGGCGAUGCUGGUGUUCUCGCAGGUCGGGCAAGGGCAGGCCUUGCUGGACAACAAGAGGCUGUUGGGCCGGUUCCUGGUCCGUGGAGCCUUGUGGCUUACGAAGAAAGAAGGCAAAGGUCGCGAGAGGACUGUCUUCGGGUCCUUGGAAGAGAUCCACAAGGCUUUCUUGUCGGAGCAAGCGAAGGCCCAAGCUUCGUCCUCCACGGGCGAUGCUGGUGGGUCUGCAGUGGCCGAGAGCAAGGUGCUGGGCCUGGAGGAAGCCUGCAUGUUAUUGGUUCUUCCUGAACGCUUUUUAUCAAAUGUUAUAGCCCCUAUACUACCCCUAGGACAAAAGCGCCGAAAUUCCAAGUUAUAUACAAAAGUAGCUCCUAGAUAUGAGGAGAACUACGAUGCGAAGAAUAUCGCAGAGCGACGAAUGAGCUGGCUGGUGGUCGGCAAGAAGUAUCUGAAGAAGGACUCCUCUGAUAUUUUCGAGUUUGUUGGUAUGGGAUCCGAGCAUGGCACCUUCAAGGUGUUGGACUUGCACGGCACUGCGACGGAGCAUGUGUUCCCGCAUGCGGACUUGAAGCUGUUCCGCGCCACAGACAAAGCGGUGCCUGCGAAGCUGGCCUUGGAGCUGGCAACGAAGCUGCAGAUGGACGUCUGCGACACUUGGUCGCUGGAGCUGGAGAAAGCCCAGGUGCAGGCAGCCCUUUUGACGAACCACUCAGAGAUGCUGGUCUUCCUCGUGGCAAGGGAGAGCCUGCUGGAUGUGUCCCAGUUGCUCUUCACGAACACACACAAGAUAUAUGCUGCUGGAAAGAUCAAGAAGCAUGGCCUGAAGAUCUACCCGUUCGGGUCUGUCCAGCUCGUUAAGGAAGACCUUGCAAAAAAGCACGAGGCCCAGCAGGCUGGGAAGGUCUUGCUGAAGGUAAAGUCCAGUGGCCGCCAGUACCAGGUGCUGGCUGGAAAGGUGGACAUCCAGAAGGAGACCGGUGCCAUCCCUGCUUUCUUUUGGAUUCCUUCCACGGAGGAGGAAGCGGAGGCCACCAUGGACCUGAGCUCCACCGUGUACCAGGGCUGGCUGGAGAUACCAUGCUUGAAAGCUCGGAAGCCGCUGCAGGCCGGGGAGCAGUUGCAGUACUACAAGCCGCCAGUGCAAACCGGCCGCAAGAAGCUGAAGACCACGAGGCUUGCUUUUGGCAAGGCCGGAUUUGUGCAGCCUUUCCAGGCUUCAUGGAAAGGGAGAAGCGCUAAUUCCAUGUCUUGCUGCAGCACUUGUGCUCCAGCAUCAACAGUGCCUGCUCUUCUGUGGCAGCGAGCCAUGGUAGAGAUCCAGGAAAGGGUUGCUUUGGCCUUUGCUGGUGGACGGCAUGUGCCAAUCCCACCAGCUUUGCUUGUGGUUGGAAGCGACGGCUCCAAGUAUCUCAAAAUCCGACCCUCUCAUGGUGCCAUCUGCAAGCUUAUCUGUGGCGAGGCAAAGUGCAAAGAAGCGAAGAAUCCUUCGCUGGCUGCAAGUCCCGCCCUCGCCAAGCUGCAUGGCCAAGUUCAGAAGGCACUAGAACCCGACCAGCCUGGUGGGGAUGAUGAUAUCUUCGAAGCAAAAGAUUGCAAGCGAAAGCAGCUCAGCAAGAAAGCUGAUGCUCCCGAGACUGUGACCAUCUCUGUGAACGGUACAGAUGUUGUCAUUCUGGCCCCAAGGUCUUCGAAGACCACCGACUUGAUCGUGAAGAUGGAGCCCCAGAUGAUGCAGGCAGUUUUUGACAUGCUGGCCGUGGACUGCGAAGCAUGCUUCCGCGAGCUGCCCAAAAGAGCCUACACAAGAAGUGGGAAGUAUCGUGGCAAGCGAGGACGUUCCGAGGAGCAUUCUGGUAAGGAGGAGGCCCUUCCUGGUGCUGGAAGCAGCACUGGAAGUGCUGGGCAGCCGACCGAGCCCGCGGUGGUUCCUGCUGGUGCUGGCGGCAGCAAGAAAAAGAAUAUGCUGCAGCCCAGCGACAAGGCGGCACCCAAAAGGCGGAGGAUGCUGCCUGAACCGGUGAAGAAGGAGGAGGACCUGUCGGCACUGGACCGGCUCAUGCUGGGUGGAGAGCAGCCUCCGGAGGUGCUGGCGAGCCAGGUGCUGGAGGAGGACCUCACAGAGCCUCCUUCGAACCCAGAGGAGGAGGAGCAGCCGCCUUGGAGAGGAGUAGAGCUUCCGCCACCGCCGAAAGCAGCUGCUGGCUCCGACCGGCCGAACGAGCCGGCUGGACCUCCUCGCCACAAGGGUGGCAAGGGAGCUGCUGGAGAGGGAGCACCACCGCCGCCACCUCCUCUUGAACAAGAAGCACCUCCACCUCCUCCGCCUCAUGAGGCGGCGGUGCACCUUCCUGGAGCUGCAGGUCAUGAUGCUGGUUCUGGAGGCUACUACUGGUACGAUGCUGGCGGAAACCGGCACUGGUACAGGAAGCCGGAGAAGGAGAAGACCGGCUUCGCCACAAGGCUUGCGGUGCUGGUUGCCUUGGCCGCGCGGGGAGAGGACAAUGAGCUGCAAGCACAGCUUGCCAGACUACAAAACUUUGCUGGCAUUGAAGUGCAGCUCAGGUCUAUCUACCGAGCUUAUGCAAAUGGCGGCUUGGAUGGUCUGCGAAGAGCUGGCUACUUGCCUCGUGCCGGCUGA